AUGGAUUCUUCAACAACGAAACCAAAAAACCAACGUGCUACGCACGAACAAUUAGAAACUUACGUUUCAUUUUGCCGGACGCAUCCGGAAAUCGGUAGAGGAAAAAAUACGCCAAAACCACCUCGACAAAUGCAGGAUUUGUGGCGGCAGCUGGCGGAGCAGUUAAUUGCGUGCAGAGGGCCAUCUCGUACUGCAGCUAAGUGGAAAGAGACAAUGGGUGUUUGGAAGAGCCAACUACGUACGCGGGCAAGGCGCUUAAAAAUGGAGCAGAGGCUCACUGGAGGAGGGCCCUGUGGCAAGCCGUUGACCGAUUUCGAGCAAAAAUCUUUGGCAGCUUUUGGAUCAGUAGCUGUGGAUGGAGUGGAAACUAUUGAAUGCUUUGGUUUAGGGCUGCCGCGAAAACAAAUUGUAGAAUCGUCGAUAAUUGAGUGUCCAACAUCAUCUACUGAAAGUAAACUGCCUAGUUCAGCACCACUGCCAAGCCUAUUAUUGUCGCCAACCCCACUACCUUCGCCAAACCCACUACCAUCGUCAAACCCACUACCAUCGCCAGGCACACUACCAUCGCCAAACCCACUGCCAUCGCCAAGCCCACUACCAUCGCCAGGCCCACUACCAUCGCCAAAUUCAGCACAAUCUCCAUAUGAUUCACCGUUAUUUAGCCCGGAUAAUCAGAUUGACACCGAUUCGGAUGCCAAGACAUCACGGCCAUCACGAGGGGAGGGCAAUAAGCUAAUUACUACUCUUAUUGCUAACAUAGCAAAGAGGAAUACUGCUGAAGGACACAGGCAACAUCGUGAAGAGGAACAGCGUCGGGAGCACCGGGAAGUAAUACAUGCCAUCCAUGACCUAACAAGAGUUGUCGCAGAGUUAAUAAAUGUUGUAAAACAAAACUCUGGUCAUUAG